ACUCAAUACCCUUCUUUGUGUUUUUCUUUUUUUUCCAUUUGUUGUGCCUUCUUCUUCUUUGAUCAGAAUUUCAGGAUUGGUGAACAGUUCAACUACAAGAGUCUAAUCUACGUAAUUUUAUAUUGCAUUUUUGCUGGAGGUUAUUUUCAAGCUUGAGCCCGUGACCUCCGAUAACAUGACAACAACUUUAUCGAUUAGUUGGAUAUCAUGGGGCAAUAUGAGGCAGAAUCUGCAAUUAAAUUAGAGGAUGAAGCUUGUUCAUUUUUCCCUGAUCCGAAUUUGAUUAAUAAUCUCAGAGUUAGUGAUAAUUUAGUCAACAGGAAUGUUGAUAUUAGUCCAUUUCAAUCUGAUGUCGGACCAAAUACUUUAGUCCCAUCAACUGCAGAUAACUUCCAUGAGGAUUAUGAUUUCAGUGAUGGGGUGCUUAAGUAUAUAAAUCAGAUGCUUAUGGAGGAGGAUAUUGAAGAGAAGACUUGCAUGUUUCAAGAAUCUGCAGCUCUUCAAGCUGCAGAAAGAUCGUUUUACGAAGUUAUUGGAGAGAAGUACCCUUCUUCCGCAAAUCAUGAGAAACCAUCCAGUUUAGGUCAGAAUGAACAUCAUGAUAUGGACCUUAGAAAUGAUGAUCGUGAUGGUUUACUAUGCCCGAAUUUGAUUCUUGAUCUCGAUGAGGAUGAUGUGUCACAUGUGCCUCAUGUUCCUGAUGGUGUUGCUUCACAUUCAACUUCUCGGUCAUCCCACAGUUUGUCAGGCACUUUCACGGAUGUGCCUGUGGAUUCUCCUGUGAGCACACUUAGGAUUCCUGACAUAUUUAGUGACGGAGAGUCUGUUAUGCAGUUUGAGAAAGGGGUGGAGGAGGCAAGUAAGUUCCUUCCUACGGGCAAUAGCUUGCUUGCUGAUGUGAGGUAUAGUGUAGUGGGAAAGGAGCUGCAGUAUGAAGAGAUAAAAGAUGCAGUAGUAAAGGUUGAGAAGUACAAGGAAAAGCAAUCUCCUGAAAGGUCGAGAGGGAAGAAAAAUACCCUUCAUGAAGAUAUAGUAGAUUUAACGGAAGGAAGAAAUAACAAGCAGUCUGCAGUGUUUUCUGAAUCAACUGUUCGAUCGGAAAUGUUUGAUAGGGUGCUGCUAUGCAGCGAAGGGAAAAAUGAAUCCGCUCUUCGUGAAACCUUGCAGGCUAUAUCAAGGCAAAACGCAUCAGAGAAUGGCCCUUCAAAGGGAUCUAACGGUAAGAAGUUACAACGAAAGAAAAAAGUGGGUAAAAGAGAUGUAGUAGACUUGAGAACACUCCUGACACUUUGUGCAGAAGCUGUUACUGGAGGUAAUCAACGGACAGCAAAUGAGCUUCUGAAGCAGAUCAGGCAAAGUUCUUCUCCUACGGGGGAUGGGAUGCAGAGGCUGGCCCAUUAUUUUACUGAUGGUCUUGAGGCACGGGUGGCUGGUUCCGGUACUCAUAUUUAUAAAGCCCUUAUUACACAGCCUGUAUCAGCAACUGAUUUCUUGAAAGGGUACUACCUACUACUUGCUGCCUGCCCGUUCAGGACUAUCUCUAACUUUUUCUCAAAUAAGACAAUUAUGAAUCUAGCUGAAAAGGCUUCAACAGUACAUAUUAUAGAUAUUGGCAUUUUGUGGGGUUUCCAAUGGCCUGGCCUCAUACAACUUCUCUCUUCUAGACCAGGUGGACCUCCCAAGCUUCGUAUAACUGGGAUUGAUUUUCCAAAUCCCGGUUUCCGACCAGCAGAAAGGGUUGAGGAAACUGGGAGGCGGUUAGCUAAUUAUGCUGAGAGCUUUAAAGUUCCUUUUGAGUUCAAUGCUAUAGCGCAAAAGUGGGAAACAAUUAAACUCAAGGAUCUUAAGAUCAAUAAGGGUGAGGUUCUUGUGGUAAACUGUCUGUUCCGUUUUAGGAAUCUACUUGAUGAGACGGUGGUGGUGAAUAGUCCAAGAGAUGUUUUUCUGAAUCUUAUCAGGAGGUUGAAUCCAGAUGUUUUCAUACAAGGGAUUAUAAAUGGUGCUUACCAUUCCCCAUUCUUUAUCUCACGAUUCCGCGAAGCUCUUUUUCACUACUCAUCCUGGUUUGAUAUGCUUGAAACAAUUAUUCCCCGUGAAGUGCACGAGAGAAUGCUGGUUGAAAAGAAUAUACUUGGUCAGGAAGCAAUGAAUGUCAUAGCAUGCGAAGGUGCUGAGAGAAUUGAGAGGCCAGAAACAUACAAGCAGUGGCAAGUCAGAAUUCAGAAGGCUGGUUUUCGUCAGCUUCCUUUGGAUGAGGAGAUCAUAAGAAUAACAACAGAACGAUACAAGGUGUAUGACAAGAAUUUCAUGAUUGACGUAGAUAGUGAAUGGCUACUGCAGGGAUGGAAGGGUCGUAUAGCAAAUGGCCUUUCAACAUGGAAGGCAGUUUAUUAAAUUUGUUCUGGUUCCAGGUUCCACAUUCAUCAUCCAUGAUAUCCCUCUGCCCCUUGUAAACAAUGAACUCAUGAACGAUAUUCACUUUUCUAAGUGCUAGUUAUUCAUCCAUCUACCCAUGCUCCGCAAACUAAUUUUGUCAUUUUUCUAUACCGUGAAGGCUAUGUUCAUGACUCUGCUUUACUUAUGUUUGCUGCCUUCGUUCCCUAACGCGUUGAGCUGUGGCAUCAACAACAGGAGAGAGGAAUGACGGAAUAAUUUUUGAGCAGCAUUUGUGUCUGGUAUUAUUCAUUUUGCUAGGACAUAACAUUAAAAGUGUUGAGCAAAUAGACGAUAUGUGUAUUGGUUUCUCUUCAUUUAUAUUUUAUAUCAAACAUGUUAGUUAUAUGUAGCAUUUGUAAUGAUUUCUGAAGGUGUUAUAGGUUUAGAUUUCAUGAGUA